AUGCCCAUUAAUAUUUCGGAUGAUAGCAAUGACUCUUGUCGACUAUUAGUAAAUGUUAUAAGAACAUUAACAACGAGUGCUUCAGAAGAUCAACGAGAACAUGAGAAGAAUCGUCUUGAAAUUGCUUAUAAAAAUUCUGGUGAUAUUAUUGAUAAGCUUAUAAAAGCUCAUGAGCCAGAUGUAAAUGCAUGUUUAAAUACAUUUAGAAAUGUAUCAACAAAAAUCACCAGAUUUAAAGAGGGUACAAACAACGUCAAAAAUAAUCUUCGUCAGUCAACAACAUUACUAGAAUGUCGACGUGACGAUUUAAAAAAACUUUGGAUGGAAAAUGAGGAGCAAAAAUAUAUUUGUAAUAUUUUAAAACAAAUUAAUGAAAUAAAAAAUAUGGAAUUAACAAUUGAAGAGUAUGUUAAGGAAGGAAAAUUUAAAGAUGCUGUUAAUUUAUUAAAAAGAAAUGAAAUUCUUCUUAAUGGACAAUUAUCCUGUAUUGAGGGCCUUAGCCAGAUAAGACAUAAUGUUCAUGAUAUAUCUAAAAAUUUAUUAACAAAAAUUAUAGAUGAUUUACUUAGAGUAAUUAUUAUUGAGCCUUUUGAAAAACAUCUAGUUGCAUUAAUAAAAAAUAUUAACAAAAAUACAUUACAAGAAUCUGAACUUUGUAAUAAAUUAUUACAAAAGUAUCAAAAAUCUAUUAAUUCAAGAGAUUUUGGUUUUUCAAGUACUACUGAUAAUGAGGAAUUUAUGCAUAAAGCAUGCAUUAAAAUUUCUGAUUCAAUUGAGGCUCUUGCGGUAUUUGAUCAAGUUGAUGCUGCAUUAAAUCAAAUUUAUUCAAAAGAAAGUGCCUUAUGUCAAAAAGGAGUUCACGAUACGGUAACAGUUUUAAAUGCCAUAACACAUAGUGAAAAUCGUGAUUCUAAAUUAUUAUAUCAAUUAAUUCAAAGUCUUAUUACAGAAUUUAGAGAUUCUUAUAAAUAUCAUUCAAUUUUAAUUAAAGAAUUAUCUAAACAUUCUGCUUAUAAAGAAAAUUGUCCAAUUAUUCUGGAGAAGUACUGGGAAUCUUGUCAAAGAGCCAUACAAGAUGUUAUCAGUGAUCAUUUAGAUAUUUGGCCUCAACGUUUCAAUAAAAAUGAGUCGUCAUCAGAUAAUAGUAAAUUGUUAUUCCGUUUUAGUUCUGGAGCCUUAAUGUCAUCUCAAGGUACUGUAGAACAUGGUAAAUUAAAUAAUCUUGUUUGUCAAACUGAUCCAUAUAAUAUUAUAAAUAUAUUUCAUUUAUUAAAUCAUUUUGCUAUGGAAAUUCAAUCUAUAACUAAAAAAGAACCAUGUGAUCUUUACACAUUUUUGAAUAGUUUUAUUAUGGAUAGUUUUGUUGAAAAAGUUGAAAAAGAUAUAUCAGGAAAAUUAAAUAUUGUUUUUAGUAGUAAUGAUGUGUGGACAUCAGUUGUUAAUGUUCAAUCACAUGAAGUCAGUGUACUUGGAAGUGUUGUAAAAGUGAAAAAUAUGUGUGACCACAUCUUUGAAUUAAUUAAACAUAUGGAAACAUAUACUUUGCGUUUUUCUCAACAAUGGUUAUUUAUUUUAACAAAAUUUAUUGGGUAUAUUGAAGAAAUUUAUAAUAAAAUUACAAUAACUAACUUUGGAAGUGAUAAUCAAGUGAGAACAAGUGGUAAGAUAAGCGCUGCGUGGGCAGUUGAUGAAGAUAUUUCUAGAUUAUUAAAAUCACUUCCAAGUUGGAUUGCUAUAACAACACAAACACCUAGUGAAACCACUCCAACAUCAUAUCAACAUAAUUUAGGUACAGAAAGUGAAUUAGACAUAAAAAAAAGAAAUCAAAGAGAAUCAGAAAUAUUAAUUGGUAAUUUAGGUGUACAAAAACAAAUAAAACGAAAUGAACUUGUAACUGAUAUGGAACAUAUAAAAAUUUUAAUUCUUAUUCAUGAAUCACUUCAAUGGUUUACACUUCAAUUUCGUUAUUUGUUGGGACGACUUAAUAUUGAUUCAAAUAAUUUACAUAUUGGUGAAGAUACAAUGAUAAAUGUUUUAAAUUCUAAAAUAAGUAAAAUUGAAACAAUAUCAGAGACAUGUCUUCUACUUAUUCAUUUAGAAUUAAGAGUUCAUUGUUUCUAUUAUAUAUAUCCUCUUUCAAGAGCUGAUUCUAAGUACAAUGAAGAUGAAAAUGAUCAAGAAGCUACAGAUUUUAGGAAUGAUUUAUAUAUAUUUCAUAAAAAUUUAUCACAAUUAACUUCAAAACAUAAAUGGAAAUAUCUUUUUGAAGGUCUUGGACAUUUGUGUGCUUCUAUUUUUAUUCAUUCAAGUCAACAUAUGGCUAAACUUCGUGAAAAUGGAAGAAAAAGAGUUUGUAGAAAUAUUUUUGCCGUUCAACAAUUAAUGAGUCAAAUAACAGGACGUAGAGAAAUGGAUUUAGAUCGGGCAAGAUCAUUUUAUGAAUUAUUAGAUCAUGAACCUGAUAGAUUAUUAGCUAUGAUUGUUGAUAAAGUUCGUUCUCAUCAAAUAUUAUCCUCUCAACCUGGAGCAUUGGAAAAAAAGAUGACACAAUUAAGAGAAAUUUUAAAUUAUUCAGGUCAUAUGUCUGAAGAAGAGUUUAACUAUUCAUUUGAUUGGGAAGAAGUAUUAGAAGGUACGAUAGAAUAUGAAAGUGGAAUAUCAGCUGAUGUAUCAUUAAGUAAAGUAUACAUUUAUGACGACGAUUUAAUGAUGGCUGGAAUAAAAGAUGAAGUUUUAGUUACUAAAAAAAAAGUUAUUCCAUCAGUUUCAAAUCCAUUAGUGGGUUCUAGUGAUAGCCCUGGUGAAAUUUCUGAAAAUGUAGUUUCUAGUAAGAAAGAUAUUAGAGAAAAAAGAAAAAAAAUAGCAUUAGAGUUAGCAUCUAUGACAUUUUCAAAGUACUGGGCAAAUAACGAUAGUUUAAAUGAAGAAGAAGUAUUAAAAUAUGAAGAAAAAAUAGAUAAAAUCAAACCAUCAGAUUCAUAUUAUCUUAUCAAAUUACAUCGUGAUCCCCUAUUACAGGGAUUUUCAAAUAUUUCAGAAAAGACUUUUGGUUUAGAUUAUAUUAAUUCCCUUGAUUGGGAUGAUUUGUAUGAACAACAUAGCCAUUUGGUUAGAAAACAAGCAUUAAUGGACUUUAGUGAAUAUAAAAGGACAAACAUCAAGGGCAAAUGCUUUUCUUUUCUUGCAAACGUUAAGAAGGCCAAGUUUGUUAGUGGGUUUGAUGAGUCUAAAUAUUCAAUUAUGGAUAAAUCGUCUGAUGAGGAAAAAUCUAUUGAGAUAUAUAAUGAUUGUAAGAAUCCUGAUAAAUUUCCUAUGGAUAGUAAAGAUUUAGAAUGUAGUGAAGGAUUUGAAGAAAUGAGAAAUGUUACAUAUUAUUCAAAUAGACCUGAAUUUAAAUUAAGAAUACUUUCUAUUAAACCUAAAGGUGGUGAUUUAGAAGAAAAUAGUAAAACAAAAACAAUAAUAAAUGAGGAAAAAAGUAAUAAUGAAGUAAAAGAAAUAGAUAAAAAUAUUGAUUUAUCAUUUGAUCCUGUUAAAGAUGAAUAUUUAAUUGCAUCAAAAGCUCGUAAUUACAUUAAUUCUGAUAGUGAAAUGAAAAAAUAUUGGAAUCAACGUUUUCGAUUAUUUUCAAAACUUAAUCAUGGUAUUUUAAUGGAUCGUGAAGGAUGGUUUUCUGUAACUCCUGAAAAAAUUGCUAAACAUAUAGCUGAACGGAUGGUUACACGUAAAAAUAUGAUAAUAUUUGAUGGUUUUACGGGUGUGGGUGGUAACGCAAUUCAAUUUGCUUUGAGGGGGGCAUAUGUUUAUGCUGUAGAGAUGGAUCCUAUACGCUUAAAAUGUGCUAUUAAAAAUGCACAAGUUUAUGGAGUUGCUGAUAGGAUUCAAUUUUUCUUAGGUGAUUUUUUUAAAAUUGUUGAGUCAUUUGUUGGAUCAAGAAAAGGUGACAAAUUUUCUUCUAAUAAUCAACAAAUUGUUGAUGGUGUAUUUUUAUCACCACCAUGGGGUGGCCCAGAAUAUUUAACCAAAGAAGUUUAUGAUUUAAAAAAUGACAUUCCAAUUGAUGGGUUUAAAGUUUUUGAGUAUUCUAAAAAAUUAUCUUCAAAUAUUUCUUAUUUUUUACCUCGUAAUACACCUCUUAAGCAAUUAAUUUCUUUAGCUGGACCUGGUGGAAAAUGUGAAAUUGAACAUUCAGUUUUAAAUUCGAAAAUUAAAACACUAACAGCAUAUUAUGGAAAUUUAAUAGCUCCAACAUAA